AAAUAAAUAAAUAGUGUGGGAGGAACAGAAGUCAGAGAACGGCAAGCAUGCGUGUCCUUGGACUUGGCGGGUUCCAUUUCCUAGCUUAAACCCUAAACGAGCAGAGGAAGAAGUGAAGGUAAUCGCAUCGAUCUUAUGUUGGUCGCGGAUAUGAGGUGCUUAAGAUGCUUCUACACCAAAACCCACUUCCUUGUCUCACAUUCUUCUCCGACGCCUCCGAUUUUCUCAUCUCCGGCGACUCUCCGUCGCUUCUCAGCUCGUGUCUGGUCCAUCUACGACCCUGUUUCCGGUCAAACUAUCAACCAGGUCUCCGCCGGCGGUCCCACUUCGUCGGACUCUGAAACUGGGGUUUACGAUACGACUUACGGGAGACCAAAGAUUGAAAAUUUGAGCAAUGGAGACAAAACCCAGAACCCCACGGGCAAAGCUGACGAUGUAUCCAAGGAAAAACCCAUUCUCGGAACAAAGAAAGCGGCUUCGAAUGCGGGUUCGGUUCGGGGAUGGGACCCAGGUGAUAUAGUGGUGAGUAAGAAGAAAGGCAAAGCGAAAACAGUUUGGGUUUGUGAGAAUUGUGGGCACUCGGAUGGUCAGUGGUGGGGAAGCUGUCGAGCCUGCAACAGGGUUGGGACCAUUAGACGCUUUUCCGAGAGUUCAGAGUCAGGUGGUAAGGCGGACAAGGUCGGCGGCUUAGGUGUUUCUGGGAAUGGUGUUCGGUCAUGGCUUCCGCAACAAGCAGGAGGUGUACAGCCACUGAGAUUGACUGAUGUGGUUCAUGGAAUCAGUCAGCAAGACUGGAGAAUUCCAUUGCCUGGACUUUUUGGAAAUGAAGUUGCAAGGGUGCUGGGUGGCGGCCUUGCCCCAGGUUCUCUGAUUUUAAUCGGUGGUGACCCUGGUAUUGGCAAAAGUACCCUUUUAUUGCAGAUGGCUUCAAUUAUCUCUGAAGGUACAGAUUUGACUGCCUCAGCUUCAGUUUUAUAUGUUUCUGCUGAAGAGAGUGUCGAGCAAAUAGGAAAUAGAGCUGAUAGGAUGAGGAUUCAGACCGACGAGCUCUUUCUGUAUUCUAGCUCUGAUCUUGAGGACAUACUAGGAAAAGCUCGUCAACUCUCUCCUCGAGCUCUUAUCAUUGAUUCCAUUCAAACGGUUUACCUAAAAGAUACGACUGGGAGCGCUGGUGGUUUCUCUCAGGUGAAGGAAUGCACAUCAACCCUCCUACGUUUUGCCAAGAAAACUAAUAUCCCUGUUCUCUUGGUUGGUCAUGUAACAAAAGCUGGAGAUAUUGCAGGACCUCGUGUUUUGGAGCACAUUGUUGAUGUUGUCUUGUACAUGGAGGGUGAAGAGCAUUCUUCUUAUCGCUUGCUUCGAUCAGUGAAGAAUCGUUUCGGGUCAACUGACGAACUUGGAGUAUUCGAAAUGUCGCAAUUGGGGCUUCAAGUGGUUUCAAACCCUAGUGGCAUGUUUCUUAGCCAACAGAAUCCAGAUUCAGAGGUUCUUGCCGGGCUAGCUGUAGCAGUUGUCAUGGAUGGAUCUCGGAGUUUCCUCAUUGAAAUUCAGGCGUUGUGUGUGUCGGGCUCAACCGUUAUGAGGCAUGUCAAUGGGAUUCAAGCAAGCAGAGCUGAUAUGAUCAUUUCUGUUCUUUUGAAGCAAGCUGGUCUUAAGAUUCAAGAGAACGCUAUCUUUCUAAAUGUCGUCAGUGGGAUGGCCCUAACUGAGACGGCCGGUGACCUUGCGAUAGCAGCAGCAAUUUGCAGCAGUUUCUUGGAGAUGCCAAUUCCAUAUGGGGUUGCAUUCAUAGGGGAGAUUGGUCUGGGCGGCGAAGUUCGUACGGUACCGAGAAUGGAGAAAAGGGUGAGCACUGUGGCGAAGCUCGGGUACAAGAAAUGCGUGGUUCCGAAAUCGGUGGAGAAGUCGCUGGAGGGACUGGGGUUAGAAGAGACAGAGAUCAUUGGAUGCAAGAACCUGAAAGAGGUUAUCAAUGCUGUUUUCAGGACACCAUGAGAUGAGAUAGAUGUAUGUUUAACUCUUUUCAAGUACUUUGUUUUUGUGGGGAUGUUCGGUCUAUAAAUGCAUUGGUUGGUCCCUUCAAAAGAAAUUCUUAAUAGUCUGAGUUCUUGAGCUGUGUUGUGGGAUUUUACUUCUUUUUUAUUUUGAUUCGGUUAUCUUUAA